AUGGUCACCUUUCCUGGACUCGCCCUGGUUUGGGCACUUCCCCCUCUGGCAGUGCUGGCCUGGGCUCUCGGGGGGAUUUUUCACUUUCUGCACCUUCCCCUCCCUUCUGGGCCCUUCCUGCCGUGUCCUCCCUCCCUGGAGGGAGCAGCAGCCCCCAGACCCGCUGAGGAUGAGGAGCUGGGGGUGCCUCAGCAACUCUGGGGGGAGCUGGGAGCUGGAGCAGCACAGCCCCACUGCCCUGGGAGCAGGGACCCCAAAACUGGGUCAGGAACUGUCCUGUCCUUGUGGGACCAGCACAGCCCCACUGCCCUGGGAGCAGGGACCCCAAAACUGGGUCAGGAAUUGCUCCUGUCCUUCCUGGAGCAGCACAGCCCCACUGCCCUGGGAGCAGAGACCCCAAAAACUGGGUCAGAAACUGUCCUGUCCUUGUGGGACCAGCACAGCCCCACUGCCCUGGGAGCAGGGACCCCAAAACUGGGUCAGGAACUGUCCUGUCCUUCCUGGAGCAGCACAGCCCCACUGCCCUGGGAGCAGAGACCCCAAAAUUUGGUCAGGAGCUGUCCUGUCCUUCCUGGAGCAGCACAGCCCCACUGCCCUGGGAGCAGAGACCCCAAAACUGGGUCAGGAAUUGCUCCUGCCCUUGUGGGACCAGCACAGCCCCACUGCCCUGGGAGCAGGGACCCCAAAAUUUGGUCAGGAACUGUCCUGCCCUUCCUGGAGCAGCACAGCCCCACUGCCCUGGGAGCAGGGACCCCAAAAUUUGGUCAGGAGCUGUCCUGUCCUUGUGGGACCAGCACAGCCCCACUUCCCUGGGAGCAGAGACCCCAAAACUGGGUCAGGAGCUGUCCUGUCCUUGUGGGACCAGCACAGCCCCACUGCCCUGGGAGCAGGGACCCCAAAACUGGGUCAGGAACUGUCCUGUCCUUGUGGGACCAGCACAGCCCCACUGCCCUGGGAGCAGGGACCCCAAAACUGGGUCAGGAACUGUCCUGUCCUUCCUGGAGCAGCACAACCCUCACCCUCCUGUGGAGCAGGGACCCCAAAACUGGGUCAGGAACUGUCCUGUCCUCUGGGACCAGCACAGCCCCACUGCCCUGGGAGCAGGGACCCCAAAACUGGGUCAGGAACUGUCCUGUCCUCCUGGAGGAGCACAAUCUUCACUAUUUGGGUUUUUCCUGUGGAGCAAGACCCCAAAAUUUGGUCAGGAGUUUCUCCUGUCCUCUGGGACCAGCACAGCCCCACUGCCCUGGGAGCAGGGACCCCAAAACUGGGUCAGGAACUUCUCUGCCCUCCCUGAACCAGAACAAUCCCCACUCCCCCGGAUUCUCCAUUUGGAGCAAGAGACCCCAAAAUUUGGUCAGGAUUUUCUCCUGCCCUUCCUGGACCUGAACAAUCCUCACAUUUGGGUUUUUUCUGGUGAGCAGAAACCCCAAAAUUUGGUCAGGAGCUGUCCUGUCCUUCUGGGACCAGCAC